UUGACCUCAUGUCCAGCUCGCUCUGCACGAAGUCAGCAUGGCGAUCUCUCCUCUCUGUCUUCUCAUUCUUGCUGGCUUGCUAGGAUCCUUGGCUAAUAAAGAUCUUCAAAAUAAAGUGUUCAUUUUCCCGACCGCAUCAAAUCGCGCUGCGGUGUUUUUGAAGGCCCCGCUCCAGCAGCCGCUGACCGGUUUCACCGUGUGCCUGAGAUCCUACACCCUCUUGACCCGUGGAUACGGCCUCUUCUCUUAUGCCACCAGGAGAAGCCACAAUGAACUCCUCCUCUACAAGCUCAGCCCAAACCAAUACAGCCUUUAUGUGGGAGCUUACAGCGUGACCUUCAAUCUUCCGGAAAAGCAGGGCUCAAAAUCUAAUUGGGAACACAUCUGUGUGAGUUGGGAUUCUGCUACGGGGUUAGUGGAAUUGUGGGUGGACGGCCGUCCUUUGCCACGAACGGGGCUGAAGAAAGGUUACUCCAUCAAUCCCGAGGCAUCGAUUGUCCUUGGGCAAGAUCAGGACUCCUUUGGAGGUGGCUUUGCUACCAAAGAGUCAUUUGUGGGAGAGAUGAAGGAUGUGUACAUGUGGGACAGGGUGCUGACGGCGGACGAAGUGAAUCUCGUCUGGAACGGCCACAACGUCAAUAGCAGUUUGAUUAACUGGAGAUCCCUAAAUUAUGAGACCAGAGGUUAUGUGGUUCUUAAACCUUUCUUGUUUCCAGGCUAAUGAUUGAGGAACUGUUCUUCUCUCUCUCUCUCUCUCUACCUUAAAGCAGUCUAAAAAUUGUGCAGCAUUUAUUCAGUAAUGGUUAUCAUGUCAAUUUCAAUGACCUUAAGACUUCGAUGGACAAACUGCCAGCGUAUUCUUCCAAUAAAACUUUGCUUUAAUUUUGUUUCAUUUGCUAUUGAUAAGAAUUUAUGAGUGUCAUCAAGCAGAAAUUCUAUGAAGAAGAAUUUCCAUAUUAAAAAUGGCUAUAAUUGAGAUUUUUAAAAAAUUGAGUCAAGAAAAAUAAAGACUAGUAUAUUUUG